AGAGAAUUAAAUUUCUUUUGGAAAGAGUACCAACAAGAUAUAAUUAUUUUUGAUAUUUACAUAAAUAUUGAUAUUGUUUGUUACGAAUGGCGACUGAACCAGUAACUAAUCCAAUAGAUCCAGAUGAUUCAUAUCAACAAUUAUUGAAAUUAAGUGAAAUUGGUGAAGGUGUAUUACAUAAUUUUUAUGGCAUUGAUAAAGCAGCAUUUAAUAUUAAUAUUAUUAAUAAAAUAGUAUUAUUGUGCCAAAAAAAGGAAUAUGGUAUAAAAGAUUUACUUGAAUUGCGGGAUAUUACGAAAUUGACAAUAUUUAAUCAAUAUAUUGAUGAAAAAAAUAUUGAUAGGAUUAAUCAUUUAGAAAAAUAUAUUGAUGUUUAUUUAUCCGCAAUUUGUCGUUAUAAAAAUCAAAAUUAUCAUUUUGUGCGUAAUAAAUUAUUACCAUUGUUACGUUUAAGAACUAAACCACCAUUUAGUGAACCUGAUUUAAUUGCAAAGGGUACGGUAUCACUUAAAUAUCCUGAAACGAAUACUAAACGUAAAAUAAAUAAUAAUAUUGAUAUUAUUCAAAUGAUAAGAUCACAACAAUCACACAUUCGGAAUACACCAUAUGAGCUUUUAACUCAUAAUAAUCGUUUAAAUAAUUAUGGUAAUAAACAAAUUAUACUAAGUGGUUCAGUAUUUCUUACUUUAGCAACAACUUUAGUUAAUUUACAAAAUGUUAUGUUGAAAAAUAAUAAUGAAAUGGGAUUUUAUGUUAAACCAUUUUUGGAAGUUAAUACAUUAAAUUGGGAAAUUUGAUAUUUAUAUUAUUUCUAAAA